AUGGGGCAGACGGAAUCGGCUUUGGUGGGAGUCGAUCCCAGCCGCAAGCGGCUGCCUCGGGGCGUGACGUGUAUUGCUGAGGCAGCGGCAACACAGCAGCGGCUGCUACAUAUUCCCUUGUUGUGUGGGGCCAUCACGUGUGUAGACUUCAACACUUUGUUGGGAGAAGGCAGCUACGGCGCUGUGUACGCCGGCUCUGUUGACAGGAGCACCUGCAGAUACACGUCAGAAAGCAACUCCCGCCUCCACUCGCUGUCGCUCGGGUGUAUAGACAGCGGCAGCACUGGCACAGACAGCAGACAGUCCAGCAGCGGCUCCUCUCGCCAAGGAUGCCAGUACUGCUUUUUCGACAGAACCCGCCAGGUUGCGGUCAAAGCAUUGCGCCAUUCUUCUGAAAAGCAGCAGCAGUUUUUUGUUAACCGAUUUAAGUUCCUUCAGCUCAUUCGUCUGCAGCAACUGCUCGCCAGCAGCAACCUCGACACUGACCCAGCACACCAGAACAGCUUACCGGAUUCCGGUGUACAUACACCCCAAAAUAGACUUCAGUUGCCUGCCGACGUGUUUGCUAUGCUGUCCGCAACGGCCCAUCAACACUGCCAACCCGCUCCGGCAGCAAAGGCGACAGCAGCAGCAGCGGACCACUCGGCAGCACCCGCGGCAGCACCGCCAGCAAUAGCGGCAUCUGGAGGGAAAGCGGCAGACAAUGAACACAGCAGGGGGUUUCCUUGCAGCUGCUGCCGCUUCUUACAGUUUCCCAGCUUCGAUUCGCUGCAUUUGCUGCAAGUUUUUGGAGUGUACGCAUGCAGUCGGGUGUCUCGCGAGUUCCUCGUGAUGGAGCGGCUGUCUGGCCCCACACUUUUUGAAUAUUUGUGCAAAAAGUACAGCCAAGUUCUUCCUAAAGAGUGGGAGGCGUGUCAAAUCAUUGUUCCCAUUCUUAAAGGGUUGUGCUGCAUUCAUCAAGAGGGAUUUAUCCACGGAGACGUCAAGCUGGAGAAUAUCAUGUUUAGAUCAGCUGCUCCUCAUCCUGCUACUCUGACGCUAGUGGACUUGGAUGGACUAACUCCUUUGCCCUCCGCAGCAGCACGUGCUGCGCAGGCGUACUCAGUUGCUGCCGCCGCUGCUACAGCUGCAGCUCAGCAGCAGCAGAAUGCAGAGAGAGGGAAGCUGGCCAAUGCGCCGGUAGGACGCUCGGAGGUGGCAGCAGCAGCCGCAGCAGCCGCAUGCACGACGUCUCUAACUUCUUUGUUGAAUGGGGAGGGAGGGGCCUUGGAGGGUUUGUGCUGCACCCCUCAGUAUUUGCCUGCUGAGGUUGUCAGAGAUCGGCGGCUGUCUCCCUUCGCCGAUUUGCAUGCUGUCGGCUGUAUAUGCUAUCUCCUCAUGGAAGGCUGCUUUCCGCAUGAACGUGUCAACCUGAAGAGUCAGGGAAUAAUGAGCAGCGGUCAGCUCUGCCAAAAGCUGUCAAAGGACGUCCGCUACCCUCGACUGAAACAGAAAUAUUCCACUUUAUGCGAAAACUUCAUGAGGAAACUCCUUAGCAGCGAAACCAAAUAUCGCUUUGAAACGGCAGCAGAGGCCCUCAAGCAUCCUUGGAUUAACUACGCCCUUGGCCUCCAAUCCCCUGAAGAAAAACGCCAUGAGCGAGAGUUGCUGCAGGAGGUGCUUGUCUCAGCAGAGAAAGCAGCAGAAGAAGCCAUGCAAGCAGCACACAAAGCCGAACAGGCCGCAAAGGAACAGGCAGAGGCGGAAGCUGCAGCAGCAGCUGCAGCAGCUGCUGCUGCACAUGCCGCCUCUCUCGAAGCCGCUGCGGCACAUCGCGCUGCCCAAGAAGCAGCAGCAGCAGCAGCAGCAGCAGCCAAGAAGGCACAGGCUGAACAGAAGGCGCAGCAAGCUGCAGCAGCGGCAACAGCAGCAAAGUUCGAAAAAAGCAGGGCCGAACAGGCGGCAGAACAAGCAGCAGCAGCGGUGGUUGCGCUGGUGGAGUGCCGAGCUGGCAGCCCUCUAGCAGGGACAGAGGCCAGCAACAACCAGCUGCAGCAUACCCCGAGGUCGCCCCUACCGCCUCUACCCUUGCCUUCGCAUGCUGCAGAACAACAGCAGAAGAUUGUGCUGAAUGCCCCCCAAGCAGGAAUGACUCCUGUUGCUCCUUGGAACGGUGCGCCGCAGCAGCGGUUCGGCGUCCCUCCACUCAAUGCUGCAGCUGUACAGCCACCUGCAAUAGCACGCGAGGACUCCUUCUUCAAAGGGGCAGCCCGUUUUGUUGCUGCAGCGCGCAGCCCGCGUACACCCAGAAGGCACCGCAAAGAAGCAGCAGCAGCACAAGCAGCGUCAUCAGCUACGCCAGCAGCGACGCCUGCUGCAGCAGCGGUCUUAAGCCAGUUGGAUUUGCAGCAGCAAAACAACCACCAGGGUCCUCCAAGCCCAGUAGAAACCCAAACAGCGGCAGCAGGCAGAGGGGAGGAAAUCGCAGCAGAGUCCAACGGGUCUACUGCCGACUCCUCGGCUUUCGUCUUGAUGAAUGAACAACACAGGGCAUUUGCAAAAGGAGGUGCAGUUGCAGCAGCAGCAAAACCAUCCGUCACAGGGGCCUCAAAGAGCCUAUAUGCGCAGCAACAGCAGCAACAGCGGCUGCAGCAGCAACAUCUGGCACUCGAGCAACAGCAGCUGCAGCAACAAAAGCACCGUAAAGCCACCCAAGGUACUGCUUUCCUACGAGGUCCCGAUGCAGCAGCAAACGGCAGCAGCAGCAACGAACACGCGCAAGCCCCUGCUCCUGAAAAUGCAGAAAUCCCAGUUAAUCUCUGCACCACGCGGCUGCAAGCCAUACCUCAGCGUCAACAGGGCAGCAGCAGCAGUAGCACCAAAGGCGAACAGCAAGAGCAGCAGCAAAAGGCUGCUGCCGAUGCCCCCCUAAUGGAAGUCAAUGGAUUCCCUGUCGAGGGUCCCGUGAUGCACCAACAGCCACAGCAACACCAACAGCAACAGCCGAAGCAGGAGCCACCGCAGCAACAUAUAAAUAGCAAACUGGUUACGGCUGGUAAGAGGCAGGUGCAGCAACUAGCGUCUAGCCGCCACAACGGAGAGGUGCAGCAACAGCAACAGCAGCAACAACAGCAACAGCAGCACAAACCGGAAACAGGGGACGGAGAGAGUGUUCCUGGCUGGCUGGAAGGCCUCGUUGGCUUUUUGGGGGCAGUGGGGCCUCAGACACCUCGGGACACCGGGCGUGCUGGCUAG